AUGCGGCAGCUGUUUCUAAAUGAGGGCAGCGACGGUCCACGAACUCGGCCCCGCCGGCCGCGAGGGAACGGCGACCUCUGGCGCCUCGCAGCUUCUCCGGAGAAUCGGCACCCUCUUCCCGCCCCCACGCGGGGCGCGCCCUCCUCUCCCUCCCGCUUCCCCCGGGGAGCGAGACACAGGCACCCCCACCCCGGGAGCCCGGGCCGAGUCCUGGGUUCGCACCUGGCAUCGCGACCUGGCCCGCGCUCCGCCGCAAGCGCAUCCUUCCGGGCUGACAUUUCCCUCCCAAACUCCAAAAGUUGUCUCACGAGUCCCCGGAAGGGGCCCAGGACAGCCUCUGCCGAGAGCCCGCAAAGGCAUCCCCGCUCCGCAGCCCAGGCCGCCCCCCGCGCAGCCGGGGCCCGAGCCCGGUCCCUCCCACCCGGGCCGAAGGGAUGCCCAGUGGGGCGCUGUCCGCGCUCGGGGACAGGGGCCGCCGCAAAACCGCCGCAGGCGGGAUGGGCCCGCGCCCAGCGACAGGAGCCCCGGGAGGACCUGAGGGGCGGCGCGGAGCGGCCGAGGGGCGCCCGCCGAGAGCACUACGAGGGCCGGGGGCGAGCUCAGCCCCGGGGAGGAGACCGCGCAGGGUGGGCCGAGGGGCUGCGGGGCCGAGCUGCAGCGGGACCCCCGAGGGGCGGCGAGGGGGCGUUGCUCGCGCGGGACGCGCCGCCGAGGACGCCCCGCCGCCCGCCCACAGACAACGGCCAGGGCCCGGGCACCGCAGCUCUACCUCUCUGCUCCUCUCGGAGCCCGGAGUCGCCACGCACCUCGGCUCUAGUCGGCCCGAGGAACGAAAUUGUCACAGCGGUCGCGCGAGCCGGUACCGGGCUUCACACCGCCGCCGCCAUGUUUGAGAAGCCGCGCGCGGAGCCGCGCAUGCCCCGCAACCGCCGCCGCCGCCCCGCCCCCGCCUGCCCGGCUGGCCCGCGUGCCCUGCGGUGGCCGCGAGCACGCCCUGCGACCGCCACCUCGUGCCGAGCCUCGGCCGGAAGCCCUGGGCCGAGCGGCCCGCCGCCCGCGGCAAAGUCCCUGCGGGCGCCUCUGGGCGCGGGCGGCGGGCCGGGGAAGUCCUCGGCAUUCUUCCCUCGUCUCCCCGCCCCCCCCCCCCGAAGCCAGUCACAGUCCUUGUAUCCCAGACCGUGGUGA